GUGGUAAAUCACAGCUCACAGAGCACUGCCAAGUAUGAAGUGCAUGUAGUUCAAGCUUGAGUAGGAAAAUCAGCCAUAGACCCCUCUUCACCAUGAGUGGUUGCAGAGCAAGUGUGGGCUUUCUCCUUAUUGUGAUAUACCUCCACACACAGCCUGCCUUUAGACAUGUAGCGGCCCAGAAAAGCCCAAAGAACUUCAUUGACCGACUGAAAAGGCUGGAUGAAAAGUUUCGAAGAUUCAAAGAAGAGACACUUCAUCGUCUUCAGGGUAUUGCCGACAACUACAACCUCCCCUACAACAGUGACAGCCAUGUCCAGCUUUUGACAGACCAGUACCAGAACAUUUCAAUUCUGCUUACUGACUUCCAGGCCAGAGCAGCUCAUGACCUAAACACCCUGAAGUACUGGACCAAGAAAUUACAGAGGAAGACCCAAAAACUGGACCAGAAAGUAACCGCUCUGGAGAUAGCUCUGCACGAACAGAGGAAGCUGAGUGUAAAGGAAAGCAAAAAGCAGAGGUCUCUCCUGUUUAAUCUCACUCAGCAGCUCCAGGACCACAGAAGUUGGAUUGGAUCCAUCUCUGCACACCGGAGUGAGCUGCAGGGAGGGUUUAGGGGGCUCCAGGAUGCCCUUAAAAAGCAGGUGGACAUUACAACUCGACUGCAGGGGCAGGUAAACACCCUGCUGCAAAAUAACUCCCCUUCUUCCAGAGUAUCGUUGAGUUCUGGAGAGUCUCUUACCUCAAACCGUACGCCCCAGGAGCCUGCUCUUAGGAUCCAGACAUCAGGCUUGGAGCACAGCCAAAGAAGCCACCCAGCCAGGAAUAAAGUCCACAUCAAGCCUUCCAAGGAGAUGAGGAUGAGGAACAAAUUGCCCUUGCCCAGACCAACUCAGGUGCUUGCGAGAACCCAGAACCAGCCCCAGACAAAGCCUAAACCUGAGGAGCAAAUAGAAUCAGAUGUACAUGACCUGGCCCAGGUUCCUCUUAGACACAGGAUUCCUCAACAGCAGCAUAUACCAAGGAAAACAGGCACACUUUGCAAUGUGAAUUCCAUGCUACACUUCCCCUCCUCGUCCACUGAGAACUAUGUCACUUUCAAGAAGAGCUUCUUAAAUGGGAUCCAUGAGAUGUCUGUCUGCACUUGGCUGAAGGUAGAAGUGGAUUAUGUCGGCACGCUGCUGUCCUACGCAACAGAGGAUAACGACAACAAGCUUGUCCUGUAUGGCCGCUCCAGCAAGCUGAGCAGUUUGGACUUUGUUAUUGGUGACCCAGCAUACCGGGAACUACCGGUUGACACCAUUCUGGAUGGUCGUUGGCAUCACUUCUGCGUCAUCUGGUCCUCUAUUGAAGGCAGGUUCUGGCACUACACUGACCGCCGCCUCACCUCCACUGGUUCAAAUUUCCAGAAGGGCUAUGAAAUCCCAGGGGGGGGUUCCAUCAUCCUCGGACAGGAGCAAGACUCCUUGGGAGGGGGCUUUGAUGAGGCCGAGGCCUUUGUUGGCAGGAUGGCAGGCUUUACUGUGUGGAACCGGAUGCUGAGUCCCGGUGAGGUAUCUGGGAUCGCAACAGGGAAAGGGCUUCCCCGGGGAGCAGUCCUUUCCCUGGAUGAUGUGGACCAGUUGAAUGGCUCAGUGCACCAUGUGAGCUGCGGGUGCCUGGAACAGUGUAUGUAAACAUAUAUCACUAAGGCAGUCAUUUUACAACCAGAGUCUUGAACUUUCAUCAAACAGGCAGCACAAUGAUCAUGAUUUUAGCUUAUGUGAAAUGUACCAGGAAUUUGACUAAUUUAGAUGGGAAAAAAUCGGUGUUGUUAUUUUGAUUGUGAAAGAA